UCAUGAUGUUCAUCAUCAAACAUUUGGAUUAAAGAAAAACUUUUCUCAACCAUUUUUUACCUUCUGGGAUCGCGUUCUUGGAACUUAUUUACCUCAUAAUGAUGUACCAAAACAUUUAGCAGAGAAAAAAUUCUCAUCCAGAGGUAUUACCGAUGAUGAUGGUUCCCAAGUCUUAAAAAAGUCUGAAACUACGGAAUCCAGAACCGCGUCUAAAAGAUACAAUUUGAGAUCGAGAAAAAAUCUUUCUUGA